GAAUCAGACUGAUCUGGGUCCAAAUACUAGCUGUCAUUUAGCCUCAUGAUCUUGAGCUAAGAGAUUCUUCCCCCUUUUUCUGGGGGUGCUGGGGAUUGAAACCAGGACCUGGCCCAAGCUAGGUAAGUAGUCGACCUCUCGACCGCAGAUUCUUCAUCGUUGAAGGUCAAGUCCCCCUUCCAAGUUCAUGAAGAUGCUGGAGGCUCUCAGAUAACAGCACAGGCACACACGCACGCUCGCACACUCAAUAACAAUGCGGAGGGAGGUAGGAGCCCUGGAGGGCUGCGCCAGGUCGCCGCCUGGUGCGAGGUGUGGCCGCCUACAGGCAGCCAAAGUCUGGGCUCACAGGUUCUCCUCGUUUGCUGACACCCUACCUGGGGCCCAGGGCGCUUUCUCCGCCCCGCCAACCCCGAAGCCCGGGAAAAACUAGGCGACCUGCGAGAUCGGCUCCUGCGUACAUUCCCAACCUCGGGCGGCGGCGGCGGUGGUCCGGGAGAGAUCCGACCGCGGGGAGAGAAGCCAGCCAGCAGGUGAGGGGAUAGGCUGCUGCCCCACCCGCCUCCGCCUGAUUUCGUGGGGGAGGAAGCCGCCUGGCUCCCGCCCCUCACUGACCCAGCCUCGGGAAGCCUCGGGAGGAGGAAGAGGCGACCUGCGAGAUGGAGGCGGCCGGCACCUGGGUGCUGCUGCUGGCGCUGCUGCUGCUGCUGCUGACGCUGGCGCUGCCCUGGAACCGGGCCCGAGGCCACCUGCCCCCGGGGCCCGCGCCGCUGCCGCUGCUGGGGAACCUCCUGCAACUGCGUCCCGGGGCGCUGUACUCCGGCUUCCUGCAGCUGAGUGAAAAGUAUGGGCCAGUGUUCACUGUGCACCUGGGCCCCUGGCGGAGAGUGGUGGUCCUGGUUGGGCAUGAGGCUGUGCAGGAGGCCCUGGGAGGUCAAGCGGAGGAAUUCAGCGGGCGGGGAACCCUGGCGACGCUGGACCAGGUUUUUGAUGGUCAUGGAGUUUUCUUUGCCAACGGGGAGCGAUGGAAGCAGCUCAGAAAGUUCACCAUGCUGGCCUUGCGGGACCUGGGCAUGGGGAAGCGAGAAGGCGAGGAGCUGAUCCAGGAGGAGGUCCAGUGUCUGGUGGAGGCUUUCCGGGAAACAGAAGGACGUCCAUUUGAUCCCUCCCUGCUGCUGGCCCAGGCCACUUCCAAUGUCAUCUGCUCCCUCACCUUUGGCCUCCGCUUCCCCUAUAAGGACAAGGAGUUUCAGGCUAUCAUACAGGCCGCUGGUGAUACUCUGCUGGGGAUCAGCUCCCCAUGGGGCCAGACCUAUGAGAUGUUCUCCUGGCUCCUGCGACCCCUGCCAGGUCCCCACACACAGCUCCUCCAUCACUUGGGCACCCUGGCCACCUUUGCAGCCCAGCAGGUGCAACGGCACCGGGGGAGCCUGGACAGCUCAGGACCUGCUCGUGAUGUUGUGGAUGCCUUCCUGCUCAAGAUGGCGCAGGAGGAACAAAAGCCAAACACGGAAUUCACUGAGAAGAAUUUGCUGAUGACGGUCACUUAUCUCUUGUUUGCUGGGACAAUGACGAUAGGUGCCACUGUCCGAUACGCCCUCCUGCUCCUGCUGAAACAUCCUCAGGUCCAAAAGCGUGUGCGGGAGGAACUGACACGGGAACUGGGAACUGGCCGGGCUCCAAGUCUGGGGGACCGUGCCCGCCUUCCUUACACAGAUGCAGUUCUGCACGAGGCACAGCGGCUGCUGGCGCUGGUGCCCAUGGGGAUGCCCCACUCCCUCACGAGGACCACUUGCUUCCGAGGGUACAUCCUGCCCCAGGGCACUGAGAUCUUCCCUGUCCUUGGUUCCGUCCUGCAUGACCCCAAAGUCUUUGAGCGGCCAGAGGAGUUCAACCCAGACCGUUUUCUGGAUGAGAAUGGACAGUUCAAGAAGCAUGAGGCGUUCCUGCCCUUCUCCUUAGGUAAGCGCGUCUGCCUCGGCGAGGGCUUGGCGCGAGCGGAGCUCUUCCUUUUCUUCGCUGCCAUCCUACAGGCCUUCUCUCUGGAGAGCCCAGGCCCCCUGAGCACCCUGAGCCUCCAGCCAGCUGUCAGUGGCCUCUUCAACAUCCCACCCGCCUUCCAGCUGCAGGUCCACCCUGCUGAAGAAGGAGGGAGCUUGGGGCGGAGGUAGCCACUUGGAAAGAGGCUGCCAGCCUCGGUGGCAUGCGUGGACAGGGUGUAUCUCCAGAGCCACGAGCCUGCACUGAAGGGGCUCCCACCUACCCACACAUAUGUUUUCUGGAAUUUUCACAGACAAGUGGCCUGUGCUGCUGCCGAGGCAUCAGCCACAUGCCCAUACUCACCCACGAGGGCCACCACUGCUAUCUGCAGAAAUGCAAGCACUUGUCCAGCUAACCCAGCAGCCCAUGCCAACCCACGGUUCCCUGGGCUCUCAACCUGCAUGUGGGAGUCCAGCCACCAUGCUCACAGCUCUCACACACCCGUGCCACCAUCUCUGGGUGCCUGCCACAGAGAGCAAAAUGCACCUCCUGGGUCAUGCCACAGUCAGGGUGUCCCGUCAGCCCCAGUAUGCUCCAUUGGGUGACCUCACUGCCCUCCAAGCUCAUAAGCACCCCUGUCCACACACGCCAACCACUGAUCCAUUCAGCCAGCCCUCGCAUGACACCUUCCUGGCUCCCACUGAGACAUGCUGCUCUUACAGAGGCACAGUCCCCAGUCAGCUCCAUACCUUUGUCCCUCAGGGACACCCUUUUAGGAGUACCCCUUUCAGUAAAUUUUCUCCAAUACAAAUAUUUUCUGAUCUGCAAUUAGGCACACAGACUUUGGACACCAGAGGACUCUCACCUGCUCCCACCACACACGCACGCACGCACAGCCCCUAUUCUGUGGUCAAAGUCCCCAUUAGGCCCUGGAAAGGGGCUAGAUGUCCAAGCAGGGUCCAGGUCCCAACCCCCAGUGCCAGGAAGGAGGCCAGACCUGACCUCUUUGUGGCUUGAAGGUCUCCAUUUUGCAAUAAAAGUUUGUCUCUGGCCCCUGGUCUGGCCCAGGGCAGGGCCUACUGUGCCUGUG